CAGAUACGGUUGUCAUUUUGUAACUCGUUCAUUUGUGUUGAGUAAUUUUUGUACGGAGUCAGUCCAUUUCGAAUCUUUUUUGAAUAUUGAAAGAAUCGGUAAAAAAACCGAUGUUACCAGUCAUGAAACGUGAACGAGAUGAGGAACCAAGUGAAGGCACCAGCAGUAAGAGGUCCAAAAAAGAGAAUACUCCAUCACAAUUGACGAUUGACAAACCCAAAACAGAAAAGAUCGUUUCGGCAUCAGAGCUGAAUACCAUGAUUAUGACUCAACGACAACAGAAUGGUCCAUUGCAAUUGGUACACAUUAUUCAAGAGUGCUUGACGGUCAUUUUCCAGUACUUGGAUUUGAAGGAUCUAUACAACGUGGCUGAAGCAGACAAACAUUUUGUUCCAGUGGUUCGAUCGAUAUUUUCACAGCGAUAUCGACACAAACAACUGGUUCUGAACCUAAGUGAUAUUUCCGCCAACGUUUCAAGCGAUUGCAUCGAAAUUCCAAAAGAGCUAAACACCACCGCCUUUUUCGAGUACUUUGGUUCAGCAAUUUUGAAGCUGAAAGUCAUUGGUAUGGAUUGGUGCCCAAACGAAAUCAAAGAAUCAUUCUUAAAGCAUUGCACCGCAUCGAUUGUUGAAUUGGAGCUUGUAUCGUGUACAUAUUGCUUCAAAGGUGUCGAUCAACCGUUCGAAAAUGUUAAACAUCUCGUUAUAAACGAUAGUACAUUGUGGUCAUUAUGGCCUGACCAAUGGUUUCCAAAUGUAAUCGAAUUACAUUUGAAAUUCAAAUCAAUACAUGCCAACUUUUUGCCCGGACAUUUUCCAAAGAUGACACGGCUGGAUAUUGAUGAUCCGAACAUGAAAAUUCUACCACGCAUCGUUGACAGAAUGAUUCGAAUGAAUCCACAAUUGACAUGUUUGGGAGUGCAACGUGAUUAUGACAUCGAAUUUCUUCGGGUUGCAAGUGAGAGUUUGCCACAUUUGAAACAUUUGGAAUUAUUUGUACCAAAAGAUGGAUUCCGAAGCAGUGGUGAUCAAAAGAUUCAUUUCGAAAAUGUCAAGACAUUUGCAUUGGCAAAAUUACACGAUGCGGACGGAGCGGCUGUUGUGAAUAUGCCAUUUUUGUUCACAAAACUGGAAGAACUGUUCUUUUUCGGUGGAACCGGUUUCAAUGAUGAAGUUUUAAAUUUUAUCAAAGAAAACAAAACGGUCAAAGAACUGAACAUGAUGGCUUUCGAUUUGAAUAGCAUGACCUACAAUGACUUGGUGUUGAUUAUUCGAUCUAUGCCAAAUCUUUCAGCAUUGAUGAUUGAUGCAGUCACAUUCACAACGAAAGAACUGAUACAGCUACUGUGUGACGGUGACGAGUGGAACAUUUCGAAAUUGUUUUUUGCAUUCGAUUUCGAUUCAAAACGACGAAAAUUUCAAUCGAAAGCUUAUAAGUCAAAAAUCGAAAACAAAUGGACGAUUGUAGCCGUUCGGUACAGUAAUUCUCCCAUUUUUGGAUUGGAAUUCAAUAAACUUUGAUUCUUCCAAAGUGGUCGAUCAAAUCACGUUCAUUAUUAUCCGAUUUCACAUUGAGUGCAUUUGUAUAGGAAGAAAAAUUUUUUUUCUGAAGAACCAAAAAUCAUA